UCGAAGUAAAAACCCUAAACCAAAUCAAUGUCCUCCAGAAGAUUGUCGAAAUCUGCUGCGGCAGCGAUCAAGGCACACAAUUUUUUUUAUAGGCCGUCCCUCCUCCUCCAUUCUGGCGCUAUCUCUUCCUCUUCACACUUGAGCUUGAUUUCCUCUCCUAAUUCACUUUUUUCCCGGCCAAAUUCCUUCAUCGGAGUUUCAUCAAACAGCUUCUCUUCGGUUACUCAAGCCACAGCUCAUGGCCAACUGUUCCCUAUAUGUUUCCAAUUCCCUUCUCCGCGAUGUUUCUCGGAUACCGCAGCUAAGGGGAAAGUUGAGAAUGAAGCACUUGCAAAGUAUGGAAAUGAUUUGACUGAGAUGGCUAAACAAGGAAAACUACGUCCUGUGAUCAGAAGGAAUGAUGAAAUUCGGAGUUGCAUCCAAAUACUAUGCAGGAUGACAAAAAGCAAUCCUAUUAUCGUUGGUGAACCUGGUGUAGGGAAAACUGCUAUUGCAGAAGGGUUGGCGGAGCGAAUUGUACGAGGGGAUGUCCCAGAACCUCUCUUGAAUCGGAAGUUGAUAUCUCUCGACAUGAGUUCGUUGCUUGCUGGUGCCGUAUUUACAGGAGAGUUUGCGGGAAGGUUAAACGCAAUACUGAAGGAAGUAAUUGCUUCUAAUGGGCAGAUAAUCUUGUUCAUAGAUGAAAUCCACUCUCUUGUUCGUCAAGCGUCUAGUGGUGGAGACCUCUUGAAACCAAUGCUUGGACAAGGUGAACUGCGAUGCAUUGGUGCAACUACGCAGACUGAAUACCGCAAAUACAUAGAGGACGAUCCAGCUUUGGCACGUAGGUUUCAGAAAGUGUUAUGUGAUCAACCAUCUGUUGAAAAUACCAUCACGAUUCUUCGAGGGUUAAGAGAGCGAUACGAGUUACACCAUGGUGUUAAGAUAUCAGAUGGUUCCCUUGUUUCAGCAGCGGUUUUGGCAGACCGCUACAUCACUGAACGUUUUUUGCCAGACAAAGCUAUUGAUCUUGUUGAUGAAGCUGCUGCAAAGCUGAAGAUAGAGAUCACUACUAAACCAACAGAAGUCGAUGAAAUAGACAGAGAUGUGACCACACUAGAGAUGGAAAAGCUUUCUUUGAAAAAGGAUAGUGAUAAAGCUUCUAAAGAACGGCUAGAGAAGAUUGAGAAUGAUUUGACCACGCUCAAGGAUAAACAAAAACAAUUUAGUGAGCUAUUGAAAGAAGAAAAGUUUCUAAUUGCUAAAAUACGUUCAUUUAAAGAAGAGAUAGAUGGAGUGAACCAGGAAAUUGUAUCAGCUGUAUGUGAAUCUGAUCAAAACCGUGUUGAUGAUCUUAAGUAUGGAACACUUACGUCCCUCCAACGCCAGUUAGAAGAAGCUGAGAAGAAUCUCAUGAAUUUCCGAGAGUCUCACGAGUCGCUAGUCCGAGAAGAGUUAACAGAUCGUGACAUAGCAUCAAUAGUAAGCAAGAAGACUGGUAUUCCACAAUCAAAUCUUCAGAAAUCAGAGAGAGAAAAGCUUGUCAUGUUGGAUCAAGUGCUCCAUGAGAGAAUAGUUGGUCAAGACAUGGCUGUAGAAUUAGUUGCAGAUGCUAUACGUUGUUCGAAGGCUGGUCUUUCGGAUCCUAACCGCCCUAUAGCCAGUUUUAUGUUCAUGGGUCCAACAGGUGUAGGUAAGACCGAGCUUGCCAAGGCUCUUGCUGGAUACCUUUUCAACAAUGAAAAUGCAAUAGUGAGGAUUGAUAUGAGUGAGUACAUGGAAAGAGUCUCUGUUACACGGCUCAUUGGCGCAUGUCCUGGCUAUGUCGGGUAUAGUGAUGGUGGGCAAUUAACUGAAGCUGUAAGGAGGAGACCUUAUUCAGUGGUUCUGUUUUAUGAGAUCGAGAAAGCUCACCCUGAUGUCUUCAAUGUCUUGCUACAAUUACUAGAUGAUGGAAGAAUAACUGAUUCUCAUGGGAGGACAGUAAGUUUUACAAACUGCUUUGUUAUAAUGACGUCUAAUAUAGGAUCUCAACAAAUACUUGAGACCAUUCGCAACAAUAACGAUAGCAAAGAAGCACGGUAUGAGAUGAUGAAGCAACAAGUUGUGGAGUUAGCAAGAAAAACUUUCAAGCCAGAGUUCAUGAAUAGAAUUGAUGAAUACAUAGUUUUCCAGCCUUUGGAUUCAAGAGAAAUAUCCAAAAUCGUGGAGUUACAGAUGAGACAAGUAAAGAAGAGGUUGGAACAGAAUAAGAUAAAUCUUGAAUACACGAAAGAAGCGGUGGAUCUCCUUGCUCAGCUUGGGUUUGACCCAAAGAACGGGGCAAGACCGGUGAAGCGAAUGAUUGAGAAGCUUGUGAAGAAGGAGAUCACCUUCAAAGUUUUGAAAGGAGAUUUUGCAGAGGAUGACACUAUUCUUAUCGAUGCUGACCAGCCUAACAACAAAUUGGUCAUCAAGAAGAUGGAUAAUAAAGCUCAUGUCAAACAAAAUUAGACGAUUUGGUUUUGUUCUAUGUUAUGUAGAUUCAUGACUUUAGUGCUGUCUUCUUCUUCGAACAUAAGCAUUUGAAGUUGGAGCGGUGAAUAAUGUGGGAAGAAAUUUGUUGUUAGGCU